CGUCAGGCAAAGCAUUUUUUAGACCAAAUAUCGGCUGUAUUUUGAACAUUCAACACCAAUUCGUGAACCAUAAUUAGUCGAUUAAAAUGUCUUAUGUAUUGCGAAUGUCACGUUUUAAUCAAAUUUUAACUAUCCAUCGAGCCCAAAAAUGUAUUGGUAUGCUUCAGGCACAAUCAUUCCAUAACCGUGAACUGAUUGGCAAACGUGAAGUAGUCGGUUUUGGAUUUAAUGGAUCAUACAUGUAUUUUGAUGCCGCUGCUAUGCCAUAUCCGGCCAUUCGAUUCCGUGAAGAAACUGAUGAGAUGAAACGACUUCGUGAAAAAGAGAAGAAUGAUUGGAAACAAUUGUCUUUGGAAGAGAAAAAGAAACUCUAUCGACACAGUUUUUGUCUUACAUUAUCCGAAGUUGAAGCUCCAACUGGCGAAUGGAAAAUUCAAUUGGCAAUCGUUUUUUUUACGAUAUCACUUGCACUUUACUACUUUGCAUUCGCUCGUAAAAACUUUUAUGGACCUCUGCCCGAAACGAUGACACCCGAAGGCAAACAACGUACCCGUGAUUUGGAAAUCCUUUACAAGACCAAUCCAAUUUUUGGUUUGGCUUCGAAAUUCGAUUAUGAAAAAGGUGAUUGGAAAUGAGCAAAAACAUUUUGAUAGGAUAUGCAAAACAGUAGCAAACAGCAAAAAUAUUGUAAUUUUUCAUUUUCGUUUUGAUUAUUGAAUAAAAAUUAACAAAUAAAAUAAAAUAAGAAAUCA